AUGCCGCCUCGUGUCGGACCUCGGGCGGGUCAAAUCGCCGGAUCUCAACAAUGCGUCAGAACGACUGGCAAUGCACGCCAAUCGGUAGCAAGCCAGCGCGACUUUUCGCAAUCAUCAGGCCAACAAUUCCACGCAACAUGCAAGAACGAUACACGUCUUCGCCGCAACAUGUUUUCCUGGUUGAACGGACCUGGUCGCGUGUUCCGUGAGCCUCUGCCUGGCUCGACCAACUACCUGGGUGCAUACGACCGAAGUGGAAACCUUAUGCGCCUGAGAGCUGGUGCAGAGCAAGAGAACGACCAAGAGAACAAGGUGGAUGUGUCCAAGCUCAAUGACGAGGAAAAGGCACAGUACGAGAAGGAGAAGGAGGAAAAGGCAGCAGAGGACCGAAACAGCCUUCCGAGAGAAAGAGCAUCCGAUCUCCGACCAUACCCGUUAAACAACGACUUCCGCAGUCAGAGCGUCCUGAGCGAGGAAUUGCGCGAGGAAAUCUACAAGAAGAUUGUCGAUGAGAAGGUUGAUCUGUCGACUGUCAGUGCUCUGUACGGUGUCGAUAUGCGCCGAGUUGCUGCCGUUGUCCGUCUGAAGACGAUUGAGCGAAACUGGGCCUCAGAGGGCAAGAAGUUGGCUACGCCAUACCACGACGCAAUCUUGCAGAUGGUGCCACAAACACGCUUCAACCGCAAGCUCCUCGAAGAUCCCAAGAAGAGCAUCACACACGAGUCGAUCAACGACCUUCCUGUUCAUCCUUACACACGCACACAAAUCUUCUACCCGACAUCUGAGUCUCGCCAAUUCACCCGCGCCGACGCAGCAAAGGUCUUCUCACCCACUCUUCUGCCAGCCGACGAGCGGAUACCUCUGUCAGAGUUGAUCGACAUUGAAAAGGACGCAAUCAACAACAUGCCGCGUGAGGAGCGCACAGCACGCAUCCGUGAGCGUACCGAGAAGAAGAUGCGCGCAAAGGAGGAGAAGGAACUCAAGAAGCGUGAAUGGGAGGAGAGAAAUGUCAAGGUGGUCAGCAACCAGCGCUGGAACUUCCGCUUCCAGAGCAUCAGCGUCGAAGAGGCCGGCAAGGACGGCCGCGGCAGAGGUGGUGUUGGAUGGAGAUACGGAAACCCUCAUCACGACCGCGAGAAGGGUGAGAUCAAGCUGCCUACCAGCGUCGAAUAG